AUGCGAACUCGUAUCCUAUUGAGUCUUGCCAUUUUUACAUUUUUCUUAAUUGAAAGUUCUGCCAUCAAUUAUUAUGAUAUUAAAUUAGCAGCAAAUGAUUAUCUACUAAUUUUUCAUACAACAACUCAAUAUCAUAGUAAAGAUUCUAUUCAAUAUCAAUGUUCAGCUUACGGAAAUAAAAUCUUUGAAAUAGAUUUCGAUUUAAAACCUGUCUAUUCUGUAUCUAUUGGUAGAGAACAGACUCAAUCUCAACUCUAUUUUGUACUCUCUGGAAUAAUCAAUAAAUCUACUUUUUAUAUGUCCAAAAUUACCGUUAACUGUCAUAAUAAUACUGAUGAAAUAUUACUGAAGGAGACCGUAUUCUUUGAAAAGUAUCGAAUGUCACAUAUGAUUACCAGUGUUGAUCCUCAUGGUCGUUUUGCUGUUGGUCUUACAAAUACAUCCCUUUUAUAUUAUGAUUUGAUUAAUUUACAAAAUUUUUCAUUAGAUAUGACAUGGCCAGAUUCCAAAAUAUUUUUACCUUUAGCAGUUGAUAUUAGUAAUCAGUUCAUUUAUAUUGCUGGUUAUUCUUCAUCAAAAAUUCUCGAUGAAGAAGAGGAGAAAGUUGAAGUUAUUGUUGAUAUAAAGGUUUAUCUAUUAUCUAUUGAAGAUAAAUAUAUGAUUAAAUUUUAUGAUGUAUGGUUAGCAGAUCAACGGUUCAUUAAUCCAAUGAUAAAGCUUUCUCUUCGUGUCAAUUCAAAUAAUGAACAUGUUUUAGUUGGUAUUCCAUCAAUAAAUACAGUUCAUCUGUUUAUUACUAACAAAACAUUGAAUCGUCUUAUUCAUGUUAGUUCUGUAACGAAAUUUAAAAGUUUCAGAUUGACAGGAUAUGGAUGGGGUGUUGAAUGGUUGAAUGACGAUGAAAAAGCGAUUAUCUUAAAUAUUGAUUAUAAUGAGAACAAUCGUGUGACUGCAGAUUCAUAUUUUGAAUAUUAUGAUAUGAACAAUAAUAUCACAAACCCAUUUUCAAUAUUUCCAAAUAAUGAGCAAAAUUGUCCUCGAUUUUCCAAAGCACAUUUUCUAUUCUUAACAUCAACUACAUUUGCAUUAUACGUGCUAAAUGUAGAAGAAAAUCUCCUAAUAAUUCCAUCAUCUCAACCAGGAUAUUAUUCAGUUGAAUAUUUAUCAUCUGAAAAUUUAGGACAUGAAUACAAUUUAUUUUCCUUUAUACCAAAUAUUGUUCAAUGUCGACCUGGUACAUAUAAAAACGAAUCUGGAACUUGGUCAUGUCAUCAAUGUAAAGGUACAACAAUGAAUAAUCUUUCUUCAAAUCAUAGUACUAGCGUCACAUGUCCACAGUGUACCGAUAAAUUAUUUUGUCCACUUGAAUUUAUUAACACGACUGAACAAUUAUUUGAUGUCGCCCAAUACACUGGAUAUCCAGAAACAUCGGAAAUUGAUGUUUUCGAGGACAUUCUCAUGAGAAAUAUGUUUCGUACAGUAUGUCUUCAAACAUCACCAUUUCUUUUUACAAUUAUUGUAUUGAUAAUUGUAUUAAUCUUGUCGUUUAUUAUACAUCUAAUGAGAGUUUCGAAACGAUUAGUAUCGAAACAACGAAUUUUAACGAAAUGUUUACGACAUUUUGAUUUUAUUGAAGAUGGACAAUGUUGGUUUAGCGGUUUAAUUAGUAUUGUACUUCUUAUUCUUCUUGGCUUUGCAAUUAACUAUAGUUAUGUCUUUUAUUAUCAAUAUCCAAUUGAAAGUAAAUAUCUUCUCAAUCAAAAUACUUGUCAUUCAAAUGAUUAUUUAAAUGCUAAAUUUGAAACAAAUUUACAAUUCCUUAAUUCACCACCUGGUCAACUUGAACAAAUAUUUCAUUUAUUGAUUUCACAAGAAUUUACAUUAAAUAUUGAAUUGAUCAAUACAACAUUUCAUUGUGGUCAUUUAAAUUUUCAAUAUAGAAGAGUACAUUCUUCUGUUCCAUUUACAUGUUAUACGAAUGGUUUGACACUAUACAUUUUCGUCAAAUUAUCAACUCAUAGUUUACAAUUAUUAUUACAACUAAUAGGCAGUGACACUAUUGAAGCUAUUCGUAUCGGUUUAACUGGACCAGAUAUACUUCAAAUGAAUAAUUAUGUUCAAAAACUGAAUUUUUCUAAAGUAUUUAAUUAUACUAAUCGAGUGUUAGCACGUAAUAAUCAAUUAUUUAUUGGUUUACAGUUGACAAAAAUAAUUAAUAUUACUGAAGGUUUAACAUAUUCAGAAGCGACUAAGUAUAGUGGUUUAUGGUUACCAACAUUUAAUUUUGAUAUUGAUCAAUUAUUUAUAGAGAUUGAUCCAUCGUCUGAUCUUACCGGUACAGUAUUAUCAUUGGAAUUCAGUGAAACACCAUUCUUCAUUCAAAAUAAACAAAAACCAAUAGCUCGAAGUUCUGAAAUUAUAUUUAAUACAAUUUUAUUUAUAUGUGUUUGUCUCGAUUUACUCUCUAUGAUAUUUCUUCUAAACAGAUUAUGGUUCAAACCAGUUGUUAAAUUUGUUAUUUGCAAACUAUUCUCUUCAAACUGUUGGAUAAAUCAACUUAUUGGAGAGAAUAAAAAAUCUACGUUGAAAGACAUCGACGAACGGAUGAUGAAAAUGAACUGUUUAAAAAAUGAAAUACAACAACAUCUUGAUAUUCUAACUGAAAAAAUGAAUGUGUUACUAAGAGAAUAA